UGUGUGUUCUAGCAUUUACAAUGCAAAACACAUUUUGCUCUUUUUCAGCAGAGGAUUGCUUUGAUGUGAGGAGACAUAACAUUUUUAAUGGAGGAAGAAUACAAUAAUUUACCUCAAUUCUGCUGGUUGGUGGUAUUUUGUCUGCUCAGCAAUGAGAGAACCCGGUUAACUAUUUUAUCUUUUCCUCUCUCUGGAAGAUACAGUCAUAAUGUAUUGCUCUUAAUGCUCAAGUUGCAGGAGGCUGAAGACUAAAUGUACAUGGUCAGCAAAAUAUUUAAUUCAUUAAGCUUGCCCACUUAAGAUGGGGUUAUCUUCUGGGUGCAGCUCUAAGAAGUAUAGUCUUUAACUUUGUUCCUUUCAGUAGUACAUAAAAGUUUGAUGUUAAUUGCUUAUUUGCUGAUUCUUGUUGUGUAGACUUUAGGGAAAAAAUGCACCUUUAACACUGCCAGAUGUACCUGGUAUGCAAGCAUUCCAUUGUUAUUGGAGAGAAAUAUGGGAGGAAUACUAUCAUAGUUACAUAAUAGCUUGAAUAAAAAGUAAGAAGUGAAGUGGGUCAAAGUACUAAAAUGGUGUAAUUAAUUCUGUCUUGGAUUUAUAAGUAAUAUUUUUGUUCUCUUGUUUAGCAAUCAAAAGUUUUCCCUUUGGGGGUUAGAUAACUGGACUGGAGGUUAAAGGAAAGGGACACACUAAGACAGUGGUUGCCAACCUUUUAAAGUAGGAGAUCACCUGUGGCAUUUAAAAGCAACCCAAGAUCUACUGUGCACUGCUGCCACUCCACUCCCCCACUUGGCAGUACACCUGAGAUGUAUCUGAGUACUGAAGCUCAUACACACACAACCUGUAGAACUGUUUUAACUGCCUCAUUGAGUCUUGGUCUUUGAAUUCGGGGUCUGACUGAAUUUUUUCCAGGAAGUGAGCUUACCAUACCAUUGUGCACUUGAUGAAUAGGGUUAAGUACAGAAAGUCAAUCAAUUCAUCUUCGGACUUUUUCAGUCUUUGCAGGGAGUCCUCUAAGUCCUCUGACUAGCUGACAUGGCACCAUGACCCAGAUGAGUCCGAUGCACAGAUUGGGCCUGGAGAUCCCAGACCUCAGUUGCUGAUAUGUGUUCAAGAUGAGUGGGAUGGGAGAAAAUUCCUCUGACCCAUCUAGGGCAGAGUCAAGAAAGCGAAAGGAAUGUCCUGAUCAGCUUGGACCCAGCCCUAAAAGAAGCACUGAGAAACGUAACCGUGAGCAGGAGAAUAAAUACAUAGAAGAACUUGCAGAGCUGAUUUUUGCAAAUUUUAAUGAUAUUGACAACUUUAACUUUAAACCUGACAAAUGUGCAAUCUUGAAAGAAACUGUGAAGCAAAUUCGUCAGAUAAAAGAACAAGUCCUCUUUAUUGCAGAAAAAGCUGCAGCAGCCAAUGAAGAUGAAGUACAAAAAGCAGAUGUAUCAUCUACAGGUCAGAGUGUCAUUGACAAGGAUGCACUUGGACCAAUGAUGCUUGAGGCCCUAGAUGGGUUCUUCUUUGUAGUGAACCUGGAAGGCAAUGUUGUGUUUGUUUCUGAGAAUGUGACACAGUACCUAAGGUACAACCAAGAAGAGCUGAUGAACACAAGUGUGUACAGCAUCCUGCAUGUAGGGGACCACAAUGAAUUUGUCAGAAAUCUGCUGCCAAAAUCUUUAGUGAAUGGGGGACCUUGGUCUGGUGAAGCUCCUAGGCGCAACAGCCAUACCUUUAAUUGUCGGAUGCUGGUAAAACCUUCAACUGAUUCUGAAGAAGGCCAUGAUAACCAGGAAGCACAUCAAAAAUAUGAAACUAUGCAGUGCUUUGCUGUUUCUCAACCAAAGUCCAUCAAGGAGGACGGUGAAGAUUUGCAGUCAUGCUUGAUUUGUGUUGCAAGAAGAGUCCCAAUGAAGGAAAGGCCACUUCCCUCAUCAGAGAAUUUUACUACUCGCCAAGACCUACAAGGUAAGAUAACAUCACUGGACACUAGCACCAUGAGAGCAGCCAUGAAGCCUGGCUGGGAGGAUUUGGUGAGAAGGUGCAUUCAAAGAUUCCAUGCACAGCAUGAGGGAGAGAUAUCAUUUGCCAAGAGGCAUCACCAAGAAGUGCUGAGGCAGGGACUAGCAUUCAGUCCUGUCUAUCGAUUUUCCUUGUCUGAUGGCACUAUAGUUGCUGCCCAAACAAAGAGCAGGCUCAUCCGUUCUCAGACUAAUGAACCUCAGCUUGUAAUAUCCUUGCAUAUGCUUCACAGAGAGCAGAAUGUCUGUGGAAUGAAUCAGGAUUUGCCUGGACAAGCAGUGGGAAAGACAAUGAACCCAAUUAGUUCCAGCAGCCCUGCCCAUCAGGCUAUGUGCAGUGGGAAUCCAGGUCAGGAUAUGACCAUCAGUAGCAAUAUAAAUUUUGCCAUAAAUGGCCCAAAGGAACAAAUGGGCAUGCCAGCAGGCAGGUUUGGUGGUUCAGGGGGAAUGAACCAUGUGUCAAGCAUACAAGCAUCCACUCCUCAGGGUAGUAACUAUGCACUAAAAAUUAAUAGUCCCUCACAAAGCAGCCCUGGCAUGAACCCAGGACAGCCAAACUCUAUGCUUUCCCCAAGGCAUCGUGUGAGUCCUGGAGUGGCAGGAAGUCCUCGAAUCCCACCCAGUCAAUUUUCCCCUGCAGGAAGCUUGCAUUCACCUGUGGGCGUUUGCAGCAGCACAGGAAAUAGCCAUAGUUAUACCAACAGUUCCCUAAAUGCACUUCAAGCCCUCAGUGAAGGUCAUGGAGUUUCUCUAGGGUCAUCGUUGGCUUCACCUGACCUAAAAAUGGGUAACUUACAAAAUUCCCCGGUUAAUAUGAAUCCUCCUCAGCUAAGCAAAAUGGGAAGCCUGGACUCUAAAGACUGCUUUGGACUUUAUGGGGAGCAAUCAGAAGGUACAACUGGACAAACAGAAAGUACCUGCCAUUCAGGAGAACAGAAAGACAGUAAUGAUAACAACAUGUCCCAAGUUGUCAGCAGUGAGAGACCUGAUGGACAGAACAGACUGCAUGAUGGAAAAAGCCAGACAAAGCUCUUACAAUUGCUGACCACCAAAUCUGAUCAGAUGGAGCCUUCACCCUUGUCCAAUCCCAUUGGAGACGUUAACAAAGACUCCACAGGAGGUUUAUCUGGUUCUGGUUCAGCACAUGGAACCUCGCUCAAGGAGAAGCAUAAAAUUUUGCACAGACUUUUGCAGGAUAGUAGUUCUCCUGUAGAUUUGGCCAAGCUUACAGCAGAGGCCACAGGCAAAGAACUGAAUCAGGAGUCGAAUAGCACAGCUCCUGGUUCAGAGGUGACUGUUAAACAGGAACCAGUGAGUCCUAAGAAGAAAGAGAAUGCACUACUUCGCUACUUGCUAGAUAAAGAUGAUACUAAAGAUAUUGGCUUACCAGAAAUAACCCCAAAACUGGAGCGUUUGGAUAGUAAGACGGACACUUCUGGUAGCACAAAAUUAAUAGCUAUGAAGACAGAAAAGGAGGAGAUAAACUUUGAGUCCAACGAACAGCCAGGCAGUGAAUUGGAUAACUUGGAGGAGAUUCUGGAUGAUCUACAGAACAGUCAGUUACCACAGCUUUUCCCAGAUACUCGGCCAGGUGCUCCAGCUGGUUCAGUUGACAAGCAAGCCAUCAUCAAUGACCUCAUGCAGCUUACUGGUGAAAACAGCUCCGGCACUUCCAUUGGGGCCCAGAAACCAGCAAUGAGGAUUUCGCAGAACACUUUUAAUAACCCACGAGCAGGGCAACUGAGCAGGUUAUUACCAAACCAGAAUUUACCGCUUGACAUUACACUGCAAAGCCCAACCGGUGCAGGAAAUUUCCCUCCUAUAAGAAACAGUAGUCCAUAUUCAGUGAUACCUCAGCCAGGAAUGAUGGGCAGUAUGAUUGGAAAUCAAGGAGCUUUAGGAAACAACACAGGAAUGAUUGGUGGUAAUACCCCUCGGCCUGCCAUGACAUCUGGAGAGUGGGGAACCCCAGGUUCUGCUGUGAGGGUAACUUGUGCUGCUACAACCAAUGCCAUGAACAGGCCAAUCCAAGGAGGCAUGAUACGUAACCCAACAGCCAGUAUUCCUCUGAGACCCAGCAGCCAACCUGCCCCAAGACAGAUGCUACAAUCUCAGGUCAUGAAUAUGGGGCCCUCUGAAUUGGAGAUGAAUAUAGGGGGACCUCAAUAUAACCAACAGCCAGCCCCCCCAAAUCAGACUGCACCAUGGCCAGACAGCAUCUUGCCUAUAGAUCAGGCAACUUUUAGCAAUCAGAACAGGCAGCCAUUUGGCAGCUCACCAGAUGACUUGCUGUGUAAUCAUCCUUCAUCAGAGUCACCAAGUGAUGAGGGGACUCUCCUGGAUCAGCUUUAUAUGGCACUAAGAAAUUUUGAUGGUCUAGAAGAAAUUGACAGGGCUCUAGGAAUACCAGAACUGGUUAGCCAGAGCCAGGCUGUAGAUCCAGAGACAUUCUCAAGUCAGGAUUCGAACAUCAUAAUAGAACAAAAGGCACCAGUUUUCACUCAACAGUAUGCAUCUCAGGCUCAAAUGGCCCAGGGUAGCUAUACACCCAUGCAGGAUCCAAACUUUCACCCAAUAGGACAGCGACCUGGUUAUCCAACACUGCGUAUGCAAACUAGACCUGGUCUUAGGCCUACUGGUAUAGUGCAGAACCAACCAAAUCAGCUGAGACUUCAACUUCAACAUAGACUCCAAGCACAGCAGAAUCGCCAGCCACUGAUCAAUCAGAUCAGCAGUGUCUCCAACAUGAACCUGUCUCUGAGGCCUGGAGUACCAACACAGGGACCUAUCAAUGCACAGAUGCUGGCCCAGAGGCAGAGGGAAAUACUGAGUCAGCACCUAAGGCAAAGACAGAUGCACCAGCAACAGCAGGUGCAACAGCGAACUCUAAUGAUGCGAGGACAGGGUUUGAAUAUGACACCAAGCAUGGUGGCCUCUGGUGGUAUACCAGCAACCAUGAGCAACCCACGGAUUCCACAAGCAAAUGCACAGCAGUUUCCAUUUCCUCCAAACUACGGAAUAAGUCAGCAACCUGAUCCAGGCUUCACAGGGGCUACCACUCCCCAGAGUCCACUAAUGUCCCCAAGGAUGGCUCAUACUCAGAGUCCUAUGAUACAGCAGUCUCAGGCUAACCCUGCCUAUCAGUCCUCUACAGAGAUGAAUGGAUGGGCACAAGGGAACAUGGGUGGGAACAGCAUGUUUUCACAACAGUCCCCACCACAUUUUGGGCAGCAAGCAAGCACCAGCAUGUAUAAUAACAGCAUGAACAUCAGUGUAUCCAUGGCAACCAACACAAGUGGUAUGAACAACAUGAACCAGAUGACAGGGCAGAUCAGCAUGACCUCAGCGACCUCUGUGCCUACAUCAGGGUUGUCCUCCAUGGGUCCUGAGCAGGUUAAUGAUCCUGCUAUGAGGGGAGGCAAUCUUUUUCCAAACCAGCUGCCUGGAAUGGAUAUGAUAAAGCAGGAGGGAGAUGCAACACGGAAAUAUUGCUGACCCUGAAGGUUGUUGGUUGCUCCCUUCUCCAGCUGACUGGGCUCCCCAGCCCAAAACCCUAACCAGUUUGAAGAGCUGCAUCUGUUUGUUAUGACCCAUCUGACCUGCCAGCCAGUUCCACUGGAGCAAGUUCGGCUAAGCGCUGCAGACAGGACUCAGCUCUGCCUUCCAGAGUGGGGUCAAAAUGGUUGUUGCUGGAAGAGCAGCCUCUUCUUUGACAGUCUGAAGCUAGCGUACAGACAGUUGCUCAGUCUGUUCACUGCAUUCACCUUAGUGCAACUUAGAUCUCUCCUGCAAAGUAAAUGUUGACAGGCAAUUUUCAUAAACCAUGUCAGAUUGAAUGUAUUUAAAUGUAUGUAAUUAAGGAAUAACAACCAUGCUCUUGUUCUGUUUCUGUUUAGUUCUAGACCUUAUUUUUUUGCUUUGUUUUCCCUGGCUACUCAGUCUGGUGCAAAGGAUUCAGUUCCAUCUGAAAAUUUGUGUUUUAAACUAAGGCCUGCAUUUUGGGGAUUAAAACCUGGUAGGGGUGGGAGGCAACGUCUGGUGCAUAUACAAAUAUAAUAAGUGGGUUUGAUUUCAAGGACAAGUUAGGGAAGAUGAACAUGUGUAAAAUACUGUACGAAUCAAUUUUGAAUGGGUUCAAGUUGUGAAAUGGGCUAAAAAUACUCUGUGAGAGGGCUGUUUACAAGGCACAUUUUUUAAUGCUUGUAAUACCAAUCAUGAAUCAAAAAGAUCAAUGUAAGUUACUUUUUUGUUUAAAUUCCUAAAAAUCAGCAACCAUGAUUUUACCUGACUCUUGACAUUUUUCUCAUUCACCUCUUCUAUAGAAUAAAAGAACAGGUAAGCCCUUCAUUUCCCUAAGUGUGUUACCAGCGGUUUAGACUGCAAGUAACCAGUUGCUGAAUAAUGGAGUUCAAUGAGAAUGCAUUUACUGGUGAUGGUAGUGGCAGAAUUGGUGCAUUAUAUCAAAAAGAGCUAAAGACACCUGCUUUAAAACAUGUUAAUUUCCAUUCCCUGUUCCCUUUGCUGGGAAAAUAAUGAUUUUUUAAAAACCUAUGGCAGAUAUCACUACAGACGGAACCACCAUCGUGCAUUUUUAAUUAUUUUAAAGCAGUGUGGACUCUGAGGAAGUUUUGUAAGGUACAUAAAAUCCAGUUUAUAUAUAAACAAGCAAUAAUUUAAGUUCAAAACUUAAGUGUUUUAACUGUAUAAUUUUUGUGAGAUAUACAUGUUGUGGAGUUGAUUCCAAAUGAGGUACUUCAGUAUUAAAUUAGAUAUCUUCAUAGCCGUGUGUGUCUCCUGAAAAAGUGUUUUGUAAAGGAUCACAAUGCCUUGAUUAGACCUAAUUUGUAGGCUUGAGAGUUUUCAUUUUUUAAAUCUUGUGAUUCUGCUCAUGAAGUCAUUUAUCUAAACUAUAUUAUAUGCAGCCACUGUAGGAACCAAUUCUUGAUUUUUGUAUGUUUAUAUUCUUUCUUAACGACUCUUAGAGAAACUAACUGUUACUAAGCAGGCCACUGUGGGACUGGCUUUUUUCUUGCCCAUUGGGGUUGGAGUAAUCUUUACUAAACUGGCAUCAGUUUAUGAGGACUUGAAAUACCAAGGAAUUGAUGAAGUUCUUUGACUUCCUGUUUCUUUCCUCUAACUCCCAAUCCACACACUUUUCUUACCUGAUCUCCAAUGUUUUGAUGUCAUUUAAAAUGCAAUGCAUUUGAUAAUAUCUCAUCAGCCAUGUCUUUUGGGAGUAAAAGGUUUAUUUUCUUGUAAUUUGAUUUUUUUUUUUUUUUUUGAGGUGGGGAUUAAAAUGUACAAACGACUUCUUGCUUUAUAUAAAGCUGAAGAAAAUAUGUUAAAGAUGAUUGGAAAGAGUUGUUUUCCAUGGAGCAAUUUUGCUGAAAACCAAGGAAAAUUAGAAUCCAUUUGUCCCCUGAGAGCAGGAUUCAAAACCCAUAGAAAAAAAGUAUUUUUCAGCAGUUACCAUUUUGUUGGUCAAACUAAAAAAAGGAAAUAUUUAAUCAACUGAGCCAUUGUGUUUUGCUCUGGUAAAAAACUAAAGUAACUGUCAGCCCUGAGCUCCAUAGCCUCAUUGACACGAUGACAUUUGUAUUAAAUAUACAUUAUAUACCUGAUUUUAAAUUAUUUAUAUAAGAAUUGUAUAAAUUAGAAGGACUUUAAUGUCAUGCAACACAAAGUCUAAAUGGGUUUUAAACUAAUUCUGUUUGUAUUAUAUUUUGUUUCUAACUUUUUCAUAACCUUUGGCACCAUGGACAAAAUUAGUAGUUUAUAUUUCUCCCAAUUCAUGACAGAUCUGCACAUCUUUCUAAUAUAUUUGUGAUUUGUUAGCUCAUCGCCCAUUGUCAUUUUAAAAGAAAAGAGAUUUUAUAUGUCACUUUGGCUCAGAUUGCGUUCCUGCUGUUUUAGUUAUUGUCUAACUAAUUAAAAACAAAAGUGAGUGAAGGAUUUUUCUGAUCAUAUUGAUCACUGUAGAAACAAAAAUAAAAAACCAAAUCAAGUCCCUUCAUCUUCAGUAUUUUUCAUCCUGUAUACAGCAGAUUUGUUGGAGAAAGUAUUUGAAUUUUGUUUAUUAGACCAAAAAAACAGUGUUCAAGUUACAUUGCUAAAUGUGAAAGACACAUAAUGUGAAAAAUUAACAUACAUAAACUUGGUAAUAUGACCCAUUUAAGUGUUCACAUAAUGUGGUAAGUUUGAAAAGUGGACUGAGCUGUUUUGCUAUAACAAAUUAAUUUGUACUUAAAGUUGAAAAUAUUGUCCCACACAAUCUCUCUCUUGGUCUGUAUUAACAGAAAGCAAUGUUUUUGCAGUUUAUAUAAUGCAUUUUUUAAAUCUUUGUUUAAAAUGGAGUUCAUAUGGGCUUAACAGAUGAAAUGGGUGGCACAGCUCCACUUGCAGAACCCAAAGAUACACAAUCAGUUUUGAAAUGCAACUUAAGCCAUUAAUUGUUGGUGUGAAUUUAAAGUUUUCUAGUAUUUGUAUGGUAGUAUGCUGCCUAAGAGCAAAAGCAUUCUCUGCACAAAAAAAAAAUUACUGUAGUGGCUUUGAUUUUAAUUAGAAUUUUCUCCCUGGUGUUUCUUUGUAGACUAAAACAAAAUCUUUUCAGUUUCUUACUACAGGUAAAGCUAUGUGCAAGAACCUCAAAAUGCUAAAAUCUAGCAUAAUGCCUUAGAUCUGUUUUUAAGUCUUGUAUAUUCCUACAUAGCUGUCUGAUGUAUUAUAUUUGUAUAGUGAAUUGUGUACAAUUUUGGAAUAAGUGCAUCAUCACUUAUCUUUAUGUUGCUCGGUAGAGAUGAUGGACACAUUUCUUCAAACAUUUACUGUCAUUUAAUUUUUCCCUUUUGUCAUUUGUGGGUUUUAUUUGUACAGUUCCUCAUGAAGUUGCAUCUGAGAUGUGUGUAUAUGAAAAGAUUAUACAAGGGUAAAAUUAAGCAAUAUAUUAACUAUGGUUCUUCAGGAGAAAGCUUACAGUGUUUCAGGUUGUGAUUUAUUUUCAAAACGGAGUUGACUCUGAACAUCACCUUGUUCACCUGCAUUGAUGUUUGUAUUUCUAGUGUGAGCAGUUUAUGCAAAGGUAGAUAUAUUCAGAGAAAUUUUAAAUACAUUUAUGCAAGUUAAUAUUGCUUUGCUGAUGCUAUUUGCUUAUUUGAUGUUAAAUAAUGCUAUUGUAAAUAAAGAAUUCUGUUGUUAUUGCAUCAUUUAAUAAAUUUUAAUGCCUUCGGGUUUUACAUGGC